AUGGCUUUGUUUGUCUUUUUUCGCCAGACUUGGGCGCUCUUCAAGAAGAAUAUCUUGAUUGUUGUUCGGCGCAAUUGGUUUUCCACCCUAAUUCGAGCCCUGGUCCUCCCUCUGCUGUACAUCUUACUCAUCUCCUACAUACGAAAUUUUUUCCUUCCCCCUUCGAAAUACGGGUUUGGUGAACUCGAUGCCAUACGCAGCCCCGCCAAUGCCUUCGCAGCUCAAUCAAGCCGAGAUCGAAUUGUCCUCAUCAAUAACAACUACACCGGUGGCCUCAUCGAGGAGGCCAUAGACCGCCUGUCAUCCACCUAUGUGGCUGCUGGCGCCGACGUUCAGCAUGCCUCUUCCGAAUCCGAACUGUCCGACCUGUGUCGCUCAUCAUUGACAGGCACCACUCGAUGUUAUGGGGCAGUGUCGUUCUGGGGUUCACCGGGCGACAAUGGCAGCGAUACGCAUUGGGAUUUUUCGGCAUAUAUGGACUGGGCUCUUGGAUCGCGUGUUCAUGUCGACCAGGACAACAACGACGCGCAACUGUACGCCUUGCCAUUUGUUCAUGCAAUUAAUUCGGCAAUCGCAAAUGUAUCUGGAAAGCAUCUUACCCAGGACAUGCUGCAAUACCCGUUCACAUCUCAAACAUUCCAGCAGCGUGAAGACCAGGUGCAGGACAAAUUCAUGUCUGCGCUGCAGAACUACCUGGCCCUCGUCAUUUUCAUUGCCAUGUGCGGCAUCACAUACCACCUCCCUGGUCAUAUCGCCACAGAGCGUGAACUUGGCAUGUCUGCCUUGAUCGAUACUAUGAACCCGCAGCCGGCUCAAUGGCAAUCCUCUGCUGCACGAAUAUUCGCAGCCAAUUCUGCCUUCAGUCUGGUCUACAUGCCCGCCAGUAUCGGUGUCGGCGUCAUCAUUGGCACGCGGAUCUUUCUUCGGACGUCGGUUGGCAUGCUGGUUGUCUUUCAUAUCGUCACCUGUCUCUCUCUGGCUGCAUUCGCCGCAUUGUUAGCAAGCUUCUUCCGCAAAGCUCGACUCUCCGGGAUCACAAUUGUUGUCUUUUCCUGUAUCUUGGCUGUCAUUGCGCAGUGGGCGGUACCUGGAUUCUACAUCGCCGUUGUCAUCUUGUCCCUACUUUUUCCACCUAUCAACUAUGUCCUGUUCAUGAUCUAUGUUGCCGCGGCCGAAGGACUGAAUGAGCCUGCCAAUUUCAGCCAGGCUUCAUUCACCGCAAGGAGUACUCUCCCUGGAUAUUUUUACUUGGCCGCCGCUGUGGUUCAAAUUGUCAUAUUCCCUCCUUUGACGCUGUGGGCGGAACGCUCACGCUACGGUACAGCGACCUCGUCGCGUGUAGCUGGCAAUCACCUCCAAAGCAAGCCAUACGCCCUAAGACUGACAAAUUUGUCAAAGCUCUACAAGCCCAGUCUAUUGGCACGAUGCACGAGGGGAAAGAAUGCUGAGACUGUUCGCGCAGUCGUGGAUGUCAGCUUUACAGCUUUGAGGGGUCAGCUUGUGGCAUUGCUUGGUGAGAAUGGAUCCGGCAAAACUACGACGAUUGCAGCCAUCACGGCUCAAGAGAAGUUCACUUCGGGAACCAUCGACCUCGAUAAUGCCGGAGGAAUGGGCUUUUGUCCACAGAAAAAUGUUCUCUGGGAUGAGGUUACAGUACUCGAGCACAUCAAAAUCUUCAAUGAGCUCAAAUCUCUGUCUGGUCGGGAUUCAAAGUCUAUGCUCCAGGAGACUUUGGAGUCGUGCGAUUUGACCGACAAGACAGACGCUCGCACCAAGACCCUUUCGGGUGGCCAGAAGCGUAAAGUUCAGUUGGCCAUGGCGUUCACCGGUGGAAGCAAGAUGUGCUGUAUUGACGAAGCCUCCUCAGGUCUGGAUCCCGUGUCUCGGAGGAAGAUCUGGGAUAUCCUUUUGUCGGAACGCGGCCAUCGGACUUUACUAUUCACGACACACGCUCUCGACGAGGCUGACGCUCUGGCCGACCAUAUCGUCAUUCUUCAGAAGGGCCAUGUUAAAUUGGAGGGCUCGCCGGUCGAACUCAAACAGCGAUAUGGUGGCGAUUACAAGAUUGACGUCGAAUACAGUGGACCUCUUGACAUCCGCGCCAGCCGUGCUCUCCGUCACGAGCAGACCGGGUCGACUCACACCUUUUACGCCUCUGGGCCACUUGAUGCAGGAAGGCUGAUGGAAACACUCGAGUCCAAGGGACUGCAUACCUUUGAGAUUCAAGGUCCCACACUGGAACAAGUGUUUCUGCACCAAGCAGAGAGCGAGCCGGAACCUAUGGAGUUGCUCUCCAUUCACCCCAAGAGCAAUACGACCCAACCUGGUGAUACCCGUGAAACCCCUUUUGUACUCCCAGACAGCCGAGCCAUCGGAUUUGCCGGUCAACUAUGGGUUUUGGUACGCAAGAGACUGGCCGUCUUCCCUCACAACUGGGUUCCCUAUUUAUUCGCCUUGCUGAUCCCUUCGAUCACGGCGGGACUGUCGACUUCAUUCUUGACGGGGUUUGGCGGCAUCACCUGUUCGCCCAACGAUCUGUCACUUACGCCUGUCACCGCAUCGAUAUCGGACUACUCUGGCCAUGCAUUUCCUGUGGCGCCGGCCAGUAACGUCGAUGCAAACCGCCUGCAGGAUAUGUAUGGUCUCUCCGGAACCAACACAGCUCUCAGUCCGAAUCUGUCUCCUGACAUAGUCACCACAAACUCUUACACGGAUUGGAACUCGUUCAUUGAAUCGCGGUAUUCCGCCAUCCAACCUGGUGGGUUUUAUCUGGGUAACGAUUCCUCUCCGGAUCCUGUGGUGGCGUACCGCAUCGACGGUGGAUUGCAGUACGCGGCCAUCAUGAUGGCCGCGACCGAUGCGUACCUGAUGGGCACGAGUAUUUCUUCGACUUUCCUCAAUUUUGCCUUGCCAAUUGGUGCUGCGCCCGGAGAUUCCUUGCAACUGAUUAUUUAUUUUGGGAUCGCCAUGUCCGUCACACCGGGACUGUUUGCCCUGUAUCCGAGUUUCGAAAGGACCAGGAACGUCAAGCAGCUGCAGUAUAGCAACGGUGUAAGACCCGGUCCUCUGUGGCUGGGGCACCUCUUGUUCGACGCCAUAUUCGUGGUGAUCAUAAGCACCGUCUCGUUGAUCGUUUUCACUCAGGCCAAAAGCUCUGUGUGGCACUUUGUUUCCUACCUGUGGCCAGUCUUGUUUUUCUACGGGUUGUCAGCCACGCUUCUGGCAUACAUCGUCUCAUUAUUCGUGUCGACUCAAUUGGGCGCCUUUGCCUUUGCGGCCGGUUACCAAGCAAUAUCGUUACUGCUUUACCUCAUUGUCUAUCUAGUCAUGGUUGCUUUCAGUGUGGCCGACGAUCUGCAGAGCAAUCUCAACACGAUACAAUAUACAUUGGGUUUGAUCAUGCCGUCGGGCAGUCUUCUCCGUUCCCUACUGCUGGGAUUAAAUCAAUCUCAGCUGCUGUGCCAGGGAGCAACGUACCGUGCGCCCGGAAGUAUGUCUGUCUACGGAGCACCAAUCGUCUACCUUGCUCUGCAGUGCGUCGUGUUUUAUACCAUCUUGGUCACCUAUGACAGUGGCCGUCUCGCCUGGCUGGGCUCUCGAUUUACGGGACUUUUCAGCUGUUUGAGGAAGGUUCGUGGAGGACACCACAACGUCGAACAAACUCAGCAAGGUGCGGAUGUUGUGUCAGAGAUUCAAAGAGCGGAGAGCUCACCGGGAGAUGCACUGCGUGUACUGCACGUUUCGAAAUCAUUUUCCUCCGCACAACACGGACCCGUAGUUUCCGAUUUGACUUUCGGUGUCAAAUCCUCAGAGUGUUUUGCCUUGCUGGGCCCCAACGGUGCAGGCAAGACCACGACGAUCAGUCUGAUACGAGGUCAAGAACAACCGAGUCAGAUCGUCACCCGCCCAGCCGGCGAUGUACUCGUGGAUGGUCAUUCACUCUUGCGGCAGCGAUCCGACGCUCUGCUGUCGCUGGGGGUUUGCCCUCAAUUCGACGCCAUCGACAUGCUCACCGUGAGACAGCACCUGAAGUUCUACGCUCGGUCCGCCGGCAUAUCACCGCGGAUGGUGGAGCCCACGGUCGCACACGUCACGGAGGUCGUGGGGCUCAAACAGUACUCUCGACGCUUGGCGACGACCUUGUCCGGCGGCAACAAGCGGAAGCUGUCGCUGGCGGUCGCGGUGAUGGGGAACCCCAAGGUGCUGCUGCUCGACGAGCCGAGCAGCGGCCUGGACGCCGUCAGCAAGCGGGUCAUGUGGAAGGCUCUCGACGCCGUCCGACACAUGAGUAGGGACCGACAGAUGGCCAUCAUGAUCACCACCCACAGCAUGGAAGAGGUGGUGGCGUUGGCCGAUCGAGUGGGCAUCAUGAACAGACACAUGCUCGCCGUGGGAGAAAGAAAAGAUUUGAGCAGGCGAUACGGAAGUGGUUUCCACGUCCAUGUCAUGCUCGAGCGAAACACUGCCGUCGCCGACAACGGGGCAGAAGCAGAAGAGACGACGGCAAAGAAAGACGUCAAAGACUGGAUCGAACAAAACUUGCCCGGUGCAGUGGUGGAACGAGAAAUGUUACACGGACAGCUCCGGUUCUGGCUCCCAAGGCGUUGUCCAGGAGGGCCUGAGGGAUCCGCCCAAAAAGGAGAAGCGGCUGUGUUGGCCACGACCUUUAGGAUCCUGGAGACGAACAAACAACGCUUGGGGAUUGAAUACUAUACAGUCGUACAGACGGAUUGGGAGGAUGUCUUCUUAAAUGUCAUCAGACAAGACCAAAUUUCACGACAUCGAUGA